UUUAACUGCAUAGUCCUCGUUAUUUUUGUUUUCCCAACCUACUGGCUACAAUUAUACGCCACUGAUCUAAAGAAAACUUGUUUCUCCUUAACCCAUCCAUCCAUCAUCUUUCGAGCCCGACGACAGGCCCAUCACUACCAUCUUUCGGUCUCCCCGUUUUGCUGCCUAUCUUUGCGUUGAACUCGCCCCAUAUUAAAACUAACCAGUCGCUGCCCAUGGUUAGUCAUUCUCGUUCGAACCAGUGGAUUGAAUCCUACCCUCCAAGUGCCGUAGUAUCGAAAAGCUUCGUAAUCGUACUGUAAAAGCUUUUCGAACGGCAAAAGUGCAUAAUUCCGUAGUAGUAACAAGUGCUCAAGUUUAAAAAAAAACACACACUAACAUACACACUACACACAAGUGCCUGUUUAAGUGAAACCAUGUACGUGAAACCGGUGUGCGGUAUCAUUAAACUGCAAAAUACAGAACGCCGCGCCAGCUUUCCGGCCGCACUGCACGCGGCCCGGCUGGCCGAACUGCUGGUCGACGUGACGAUCUGCUGCGAGUCGCGCAAGCUGCGCGCCCAUAAGCUGGUGCUGGCCGUGGGCAGCCCGUUCUUCCGGAGCGUUUUCAGCGAGGUCCCCACGCCCCACCCGGUCGUCAUGAUUUACAACGUAAAGUACGAAGAUUUAGACGCACUGGUCAAGUUUCUGUACACAGGCGAGUUGAGUGUUGAGCGGGAGCGGCUGCCAUCGCUGAUCGAAGCGGCCCGGUACCUGCAGCUGGACGAGUUCAGCACAUUGCUGCCGUGCCUGCAGGAGACGGGCGAUUUGAACGAGAAUCUUUUGAGCGCCGUAAACGCGUUCAACUCCAUGAGCCUGCUCAUGGACAGGACAAACGAGACAAACGGCUCGGCAACGUUCAUGUCCACGAUCGGUAUGUUGACAACGAACGGUCCGCCGCAACCAUCAACCAGCGCGAGCGCGUUGCCGUAUAACGGCGAGCUUGAAUCGCCUAUCAACGGGGAGUACCUCGGUGACGAUGAAACAUCGCUGAUCAGUCAAGAUUCGGCGGAUAGUUUCAGCCCGACAGAGGUAAUGAUCAUGCCACACUAUAGCGAUAAGGCGAUUAUUCGCCGCCAGCCGUAAGAAGUGCCAGCGAAUUGAGCGAGUUCAUCGAUGCACCAGAGCUGCAGUACGAUCCCGGGCACCAAGCUCUUUCGGAUGCGUGAGCUUUGAAUUGCGGCAAAAUACGUGCGAUUUGAUCUACUACGCAUGUGAGAGGAACAGCAAAAGACAAGACAGGAAUAAUAUUAACACACUAUACACAAGUAGAAGGUGGCAUUGUAACAUUAUUUGUUCUAUACAUUCAAAAAGAAUUAACCGGUGAGAAUUAGCGUAUUGAUAGUGAUUGUUCCUCUACACUAACAUUCAUCUCAUGAAGCGUGUUGG